AUGAAUUUUAAAAUUCAUUUUCGAACUUUUGAGACAGUCUUUAUAUAUUUUAUAAAUAUCUUGCAGGCAAUAAAAGAAUUUCAUGUAUCACUUUAUCAAGCACUUGUUCUUCUUCUUUUUAAUCAACAUAACGAUCUUAGUUAUAAAGAUAUUCAAGAACAAACUAAAAUUCAACCAGCUGAAUUACAACGAACAUUACAAUCAUUAGCAUGUGGAAAAAUUCGUUUAUUAAAUAAAAAACCAAUUAGUAAAGAUAUUAAUGCUGACGAUCGAUUUACAUUAAAUACUUCAUUUGAACAUAAAUUAAUUCGAAUAAAAAUUAAUCAAGUACAAUUGAAAGAAACUCCGGAAGAAAAUAGCUCAACAACGGAACGUGUUGUUCAAGAUCGUCAUUAUCAAGUUGAUGCCGCUAUUGUUCGAAUAAUGAAAACACGUAAAACAUUAUCACAUGCUCAACUUAUAUCUGAAGUAUUUUCACAAUUAAAAUUUCCUUUAUCAACAGCCGUUAUUAAAACACGUAUUGAAAGUUUACUUGAACGUGAAUACAUGAAACGAUCAGCAGACAAUGCUAACAUAUAUGAAUAUGUUGCUUAA